GGGUAGAUUGAACUAUGCUUUAAUGGAAAUGGAACUUUUGGUGCGAGUGCCACAGCUUCAAUUGUCUCUGCAAUUCAUAUGAAAUUAUGGUGUUAUGAAAUAAUUAGAAAUAUUAUAUUUUGAGUAAUAUAAAUUUUGGGGUGCAGCUAGUGCUAAUUCUGUAAUGCCUCCUCUUAAAAAUGGAAGUGAUCUUCGGGAAUCCGGAUAUUUAAUAGACGUUGGCUCCAGAACAUCUAGAUUCAGAAGAAAACAUAAAAAUAAAAUUAUACCUCUACUUUCAUUGAUUUUCUUGAUUCUCCUUAUAAGUAUAGCUAUAGCAAUGACUAUUUUAUACGUAAAACAAAAACACAAAAAACCUAUAGCUGUAUGUCUUACUAAAGAAUGUCUCAGAUCAGCCGCUAAUCUUGCAUUGUCAAUGGACUUGAAUGCUCAUCCCUGUGAAGAUUUUUAUCAGCACGUUUGCGGAAAUUGGGCUAGGGAGCAUCCUCGACCAGACGCAUUCCAGUCAUUUGAUUGGUUUAGAGACAAACAAAAUAAGGUUUAUGCAACAGUACGUGAUUUCUUAAAUACCAACACCACAAAUCAACCCCUGCCUGUAAAACAGGCGAAGGAUUUGUACGCUGCAUGUAUGGACACAGUCACAUUAGACAAACGAGGAUUAAAACCAAUUUUAAAACAAUUAGAAUUGUUGCAUUUACCUGCAUAUCCUACCUAUAUAAAUAUAACAGAUGAUACUGACUACGGAGCAUAUGAUUUUGAUUGGUUAGAGGCGGUAAUAAAAAUUAAAGUUCAUUUAGGGAUGGAUGUCUUGAUUGGUUUUGAUAUUUUUACUGAUCCCAAAAACUCGUCAAUUUAUAAACUUGUAAUGGGAUCUCCGGAAACAACUAACCCUUUUCCAAGGUAAAACAAUCAAAACUUCAGAAGUGCAGAAGAUAAAGACGACGAUGAAACGAUUACUCAUAUUUACAAACUGUUUUAUGCUGAACUUAUCAAACUAUUUGUCAUCGAAGCCUCUCCAAAAAGUUCCAAUCUCACCGAAUUAUAUUUAGAUCAAAACGUUUUCUUGGCUGCAAAUGAUUAUUACAAUUUUAGUAAUGAUAUGUAUGAGCUAGAAGCUGACAACGAUACUUUAAGCGAAGAGGAAGAGUAUCUAAAUGUUCCGGAAUAUACCGUUUAUGAAAUUCAAACACACACAGAUAUGAUAGUCAAAGAUAAUAACGGAACAGCUAUUCCUAUUUGGAAAAGAUACGUAGAAGGUGUAUUCAAUAUCAGUGAUGUAAAACUUGAUUUUAAUACUGACAAAAUUCUUGUUUCGGACCCUGAUUUGAAAUACAUGUCACUUAUGGCUGCUUAUUUGUCGAAGGCUUCUCCCGUUCUGAUAGAACUCUACGUUUGGAUUAAGGUGGUGGAAGUUAUGGCAGCUCAUACUACUACUGAGUUACGUAUCCUUUUCCAAAAAUCAUACGAGGCACUGGAGUCCCGCAGUUCGUACACACCUACUCGAACCCAGCAAUGUGCAAGUGCAGUUAAUGAAAUGCUCGGCUUAGCUGUUUCAUAUGCCAUUGCUGAUACUCGCUUCUUCUUUAAUACUAAGCCCAAAAUUGAACUUAUGUUAAAUGAACUGAAAAAUGCACUUGCCCACCUCGUUGGUCAAGCAAAAUGGAUGGAUGACGAUACAAAAUUAGCCACAUAUCAAAAAAUCAUACAAAUGAAAACGCUAGUAGGAUUUCCCGAGUGGUUACUCGAUGCUGAAAAAUUAAAACAAUAUUACCAGGGAAUCGAAGUGGAUCCCAAGACACAUUUAGAAAAUUUAAUAAAUAUAAUUCAAGUAAAGAUAAAGAAAGCUUUAAACAAAUUUCGCAUUGGUAACAAUGGGACAUGGGCAACAGAUCCCACUGAAGUUAAUGCUUACCAUACUUUUCAAGAAAAUACAAUAACGGUACCUUUAGUGAUGUUGCAAUAUCCAUUCUUUGACUUAGGACUCGAUUCGCUAAACUACGGCUCGCUGGGCACAAUUCUUGGACACGAAAUAACACAUGGAUUUGACAAUUUUGGUCGCUUGUUUGACAAAAAUGGAAAUUUGCUGCCGUGGUGGACAAAUGAGACAAUAAACGCGUUUGUCAAUAAGACGCAAUGUUUUGUUGAUCAAUAUUCAUCCUAUUUUGUUUCUGAAUUAGGGGAACAUGUAAAUGGUAAAAAGACUCUAGGAGAAAACAUAGCGGAUAACGGUGGACUUCGAGAGGCAUUAGCAGCUCUCAAAGAGCAUCUUCGAAAGAAGGGCCCUGAACCAAAGUUGCCUGGCUUUGAACAUUUGUCAUCAGAACAGCUCUUUUUCUUAUCUUUUGGAAAUUUAUGGUGCGGUAUUUCGACCAAGGAAACACUGAAAUCAGAUCUUAAAGACGAGCACUCUCCGCAACAGUUCCGAGCUCGGGGUGCAUUACAGAACAAUGCUGACUUUGCGAAAAUUUGGAAAUGUCCAGUAGGAUCUCCCAUGAACCCAAGCAAAAAAUGUAUCAUUUUUUAGAACGUUCAUUAAUUUUUAAUUUUGUUGUGAUGACAGGACAUGCUGUAAGACAACUGUAUUGUUGUCUUUUUUAAACAUUGUCUCAUUAAAAUAAAUUUAGCAAUCAUUUCAUAGCUUCGUUUAAAUGCUAUUCCAAUUCACAAGGGAUUCUUAUACGUCGUUUUCUUAAAAUUUUUUAAAAAAGAGGCACAAAAUUUGUCGUGAAACGUUACUUUUUGAUGUUGUGUUGAUUUGUUGACGUUGAAUGACUUUUUAUUAGUUGGUCAUCAUUUCAUUUUUAAGCAAGUUUGUGUUGGAGCUCUAUAUUUUAAAUGAAAUAAUUAAAAAAUGUGUUAAAAAGACAUUCAUUUUAUUAAACAAUGAGAAGACAAUAAUAAAAUAAGCAAUAUAAUGCAUAAUUAUAUUUGUAUAAUAUAAUAAGUAGUUCCUAUUUUAGAUAAAUAUGACAAAGCACCGUAUUUUUUGUAAUUAAUCUUAUCGUAUAUCGUAUAUGAAUUAAAUAAUAUACUUUCUGUUAAAAUAAAUAAUUAUAUAGUCUCAUUGUGAAAACAAACCCAGUAUUAUUAAAUAUUAACUAAGUGGGUGAUAUACAGCUUGAAAUUCUAGAAGCUAAAUUAAAAAAAUAAUUUAUUAACACUUGUAAAUAGUUUGGGAGGACAAUUUGUUUUUAUAUUGAUAGAAAAAUAAAAAAUUUCAAAAGCAUA